AUGAUGCAGGACGUGUCCAGCUCGCCAGUCUCGCCGGCCGACGACAGUCUGAGCAACAGCGAGGAGGAGCCGGACCGGCAGCAGCCGCCGAGCGGCAAGCGCGGGGGGCGCAAGAGGCGCAGCAGCCGGCGCAGCGGCGGCGCGGGGCCCGGCGGGGCCGCGGGCGGGGGCGUCGGAGGCGGCGACGAGCCGGGCAGCCCGGCCCAGGGCAAGCGCGGCAAGAAGUCUGCGGGCUGCGCCGGCGGUGGCGGCGCGGGCGGCGGAGGCAGCAGCAGCGGCGGCGGGAGCCCGCAGUCGUACGAGGAGCUGCAGACGCAGCGGGUCAUGGCCAACGUGCGGGAGCGCCAGCGCACGCAGUCACUGAACGAGGCGUUCGCCGCGCUGCGGAAGAUCAUCCCCACGCUGCCCUCGGACAAGCUGAGCAAGAUUCAGACCCUCAAGCUGGCGGCCAGGUACAUCGACUUCCUCUACCAGGUCCUCCAGAGCGACGAGCUGGACUCCAAGAUGGCAAGCUGCAGCUAUGUGGCCCACGAGCGGCUCAGCUACGCCUUCUCUGUCUGGAGGAUGGAGGGGGCCUGGUCCAUGUCGGCGUCCCACUAGCAGGCGGAGCUCCCCACCCCCUCGGCAGGGCCGAAGACCUAGAUGUCAUUGUUUCCAGAGAAGGAGAAACUGGACAGUCUAGAGACUCUGGAGCUGGAUAACUAAAAAUAAAUAUAUAUGCCAAAGAUUUUUCUUGGAAAUUACAAGAGCAGAACCUAAAUUCAAAGAAACAGGGCGUGGGGCGCACUUUUAAAAGAGAAAGCGAGACAGGCCCGUGGACAGUGAUUCCCAGACGGGCAGCGGCACCAUCCUCACACCUCUGCAUUCUGAUAGAAGUCUGAACAAUUGUUUGUGUUCCUUUUUUUUUUUU